GUUAAAAUUUCUCGUAGUAAUCAUUCUAUUUUUGUCUGGAAUACUGCACAACUAUCUAUCUUAUCUAAUUAUAAACUUAUCGAAGAAGCAUAUCAAGAUCAUAAUCCUGUUUAUAUUAAAUUACAAGUACCUAAAAUUACUGCUGAUAUUAAUGAACAAAGUUUAGUUCCUUUAAUUCCAGGCUACUUUAUUUUUAUGUUUUUUGGAGGUGUUUAUUGUUUUGUAAAAUUAGAAAAGCGAUUUUAUCAAGAAGAAAAAGAGAUAACACAUUUAAUAAAUCUAGGAAAACGAGUAGCUAAUUCUAAUAAUUAUGAUCAAAGUUUUAAAAAAAGGGCAACUCAGUUAAAAAAUGAAAAUUAG